AUGGAGAUGGAGCAGCCGGCGCCGAUUGAUGAUGACAGUGUUCCGAUCUUCCUGGCGGUUAGUGGGUUUUUUCAGGCACUUUGCCUUAUCAAGCUUUUGCACAUAGCCAUCCGAAACAGGGACCGUGUGGCAUCGUGGUUUCGCAGUCUGGCUUUGCGCUCACGCUGGUUGGUCAUGUGCUUCUCUGAUGAUGUCAAGACGAAUGCAGAGGAGGAGCAGUGGAUUGCACGCGAGGUUUGCCUUAUACGACUGCGCCUGGCACGCGGUUAUUCUUACUUCCUGCUGAUAGCUACAUGCGCAUCAGUCGUAUCAGUGCAGCUGGGCAUUUUGCAGGAGACGCAAGCGAAUGCACCUGCAGCAUUUUACUGGACUAUCUUGCUCAUGUUCGUCCUCUGCACAGUGCACCUUCUAUUUCCGAAGAUGCUUCAGCGCACCACGCUCGACAUGUUCUACGUGGCCAUUAUGGCGGCGGCUGCGUUUUUGCUAAGUCCCUUGUGCACAAAUGCGGACGGAGUCCCAUACAUGUCGAUCAUUCUGCUUGCAUUUCUACGUCUCCCGGCAAGCAGCUUUGCAUCCAGGGCUUCGAUAGCCUUUACCAGCAACAUAGCUACAGCCGCCGUCGUAGUGAUCAGGGCCUUCGUUGACUGGGACGCUGCACUAUGCCAGAGUGGAAGCUGCAGCAUCAGUCGAGACGUUUACUUCGAGCGCGCUGCAAUCGUGACCGAAGUGUCGGCCUUCUUCCUAGUGGCCGGUGUGUCGCUCUCCGCUGAGGUCAUACUACGGCGGACCGUGCAGCAAGGCCGUCAAUACCGUCAGUUAAAUGCUUCAACAUCGCUCUUGCGAUUGGCUUGUGAUGCGGUCUUAGAACUUGACGAGGAUUUAUGUCUUACCGAGCAUUCUCCAGAACUUGCCGCAAUUCUCCUGCGAGAUCGGCCUGGCUCCUCUUUGGCAGGGGUUCCGUUCACAGACUUCGUGGCCACAAAGGAGGAGGCCGCCCGGGCAGAGCAGGCCUUGAACAAAAUGAGCUUCGAGGACUUGUCUGCAAGUGCCUUCAGCACGCGGCUUGUCGACACCAACUCCAGCAAGUUUUGUACGGAGCUUCUCCAGGUCAAGUACUGCAAAAUGGGGAAUACCGUGCGUCAUCUCAUCGGCUUGCGCGAGAUUACUGACCAGGAGUCGCUGGCCAGACCGAAAGGACUUGAUGCGACGUUUCAUGGGGAUGCCGACGACUCAUCCGUCUCUUGCCCAUACAAGCUGUUGAGCUCAGCAGAAGCCUCGCCCGUGGGUUUAGCUCAAGAGGGAAGCCGCUGCAUGUCUGUGAAAUCUCUCGAAGGCAAUCGACCGCGUCCGAUAAUCUAUAUGAUUCUGGAUAUGCAGUCCUGCACUGUGGGAGGGGCCUCGCUAGCGGCUGCAAGCCUGGUUGGAAUGAACGUUUCCGAACUAUUUCCCGGCAGGGCUUCGGAGCUACUGCAAGGCUUCUGGGAAGAGGUGGACCGCUGUGAAGACGCAAGCGAAGUCGCAGUGCUGACCCAGAAGCAGCGCUUCUUCAGUGAGUGGCUAGUGCAGUGGAGCCCACAACAGGCCGACUUCAUCGACGGCUUUGUUCAGGUCUUGCAAGACGCCGAUGGCACGCAUCAGCUCCUGCUGCACUGCGUGGCUUCGGCGAGAUCCCCACUUUCUCUGUCCGGCAUCUCAGACAGCGGACGGUCCACCGGAGCAAGGCCGUCUCCCUCUACCGCCGCGCAGGCUCUCUCCGUUCUGCCUGGAAUGCCGCUACCGGAUGUUCAGUCGCUGCACUAG